AUGACGCCUGACCAAGGCGAAAAAGUCACCAUGGCAACUGUGGCACGCUUAUUUCAAUUAAGCGGAACAUGCAACAACUACCCGUGGGGGAAAAGGGGACGUGAGUCGCUCGCCGCUAGGCUCUGUGAAAAGACACCCGGAACCGGAUUCACUAUAGACAACAAUCAGUAUUACUCUGAAAUGUGGUUUGGCGAUUAUCCGGACUUUCCAGCUAGAGACUUGGAAACUGGCCAAACACUUGCCGAGCUACUAAAAUCCCAUAAAGAAACACUGCUUGGCUCAUACUCGACGGAUAAGUUUGGAGACCAUCUGCCAUUUCUUCCAAAGAUCCUCUCGAUAGGCAAAGCCCUGCCGUUGCAAAUCCACCCAAAUAAAGUACUUGCGGCUCAACUACACAAGCAAAACCCCGAGAAGUUUUCCGACUCCAACCACAAGCCAGAGAUCGCGGUCGCCCUUUCGCGAUUCGAACUCUUUGCUGGCUGGAGGGACGUGAACCAGAUCUCUGCCUUGUUCAAUAUGCCAAGCCUGCGGCGCUUUAUCCCUUCGGGAACAGAUGCUUGGCAUGCUGAAACAUUAAGGGAUAUUGUCCGGUAUAUAUUAAAGGCAGACGAGCAAACUGUUCAAAAUAUUGAAGAAGAUCUGAAGUUGCAGUCCCGAGAAGACAUCGUCCAGAAGCUCGGCUACCCAAGCUCCAUGUUUGAGUUGAUUCAGCGAUUACAAUCCCAAUAUUCUGCCACAGAUCCUGGCUUAUUGGUAGCGAUUCUAUGCAUGAACUAUCUUGUUUUGGAGCCCGGCGAAGCAGUCUUUAUCCCGGCCGACGGUGUCCAUUGUUACCUGUCCGGGGAUAUUGUAGAGUGCAUGGCUCGUUCCAACAACAUGCUUAGCGGCGGACUCUGCCCUGUUGCCGACCGCGACAGCAUCGAUCUCUUCUCCGACACUCUUCGAAUUGAUUCGAGUACUCGAGUGGAUAACCUAAGGUUGCCAGCAAAGCCAAGCGAUGCCGGUGCCGGUAGGCAUACUCUGGUUUAUCAGCCGCAUAUUGAUGAAUUUGACUUGCUUAGAAUUGACAUGCUGGCUGGGGAGGGGGAAUUAGUUUGGAAGCACAAGGGACCAACUGUGGCUAUCGCGGUUUCUGGUGAAGGCACCAUUCUGGGAGAUGGAAAAGAGCUUGUUGUUAAGAGCGGCUUCAUUUUCUUUAUUGCAGCGGAAACAACGACAAUGCUGCGCUCAACUGGUGCCCUGCAGAUCUAUGCUGCCGUCAUACGAUGA